CCAACUUACGUCUUCUGUCUUCUGUCACGUCUCACGCGCCGAAACCCUAAACCCCCCGCCGCGGCCGCCUUCUUCUUCUUCGACAGCGCGCCCUGUGAGCUGCCCGAUAAGGCCACGCCGGAUUGCCUCCGACGUCGUUGUCCGAUUCAUCCGGAGGCAAUUUGGGUGAUGGGAAAAGGAAACAAAAGACCAAGAAAAGAUGCAAUAAGUGGAAGCAAAAUCCACUCAAGUGACAAGGAUGCCUUAAGAGACACUCACAUGGAUGAUGAGAUUGAUGAAUUUCAUAAGCAACGGGAUAUCGUUCCCUUUGAUGUCAAUGACGAUCAUGAUGAAUCAGAGGAUGAAGAUUUAGUGGAGCCUGUAUUUGAGUUUGAGGGUAGUGAAGAUGCUGAGAUUGAGGAGGAUGAGGAUGAGGAUGAGGAUGAGGAUGAGGAUGACAAGGAAUUUGAUGGGCCUAGUUAUAGUAUCAAAGAGAAAGACUUUGCUGAUAAAAUUGAAAGACAAGCAAGAUAUCUAAAGCUUAAGUUUGGAGGCAAUGAUGAUGGUGAUGAUGAUGAUGAGAUUGAUGAUCCUGAAGAAGAUGAAGAUCAAAGAAAAGCUAUAUGGGGUAGAUGGAAGAACUUAUAUUAUAGUGCUGAUAAUGUUGACUAUGAGCUUCAAUCAAGUGAUGAAGAUUUUCCUAUAGAGGAGGAGGCUGAGGUAUUGAAGAUUCAGAGAGAGAAGGCAAAAUCCCUUUUGAUGGAAGAUUUUGGCCUAGAAAAUUAUGAACAAGAUAAUACUAAUUAUGAUAAACAGAAUAAAACAUUCCAGGAGGAUUUUGUUAGAAAGGCAGCUAUAAUGAAAUCUGGUUUUGAGGAAAAUGAUCCGUUUAGAAGUUUUGAAGAAAUUAAGAAAGACAUUACUUCUUUGUCAAAAGAGGAGCAGAUGGAUAUCGUACAUAGUUCUGCUCCAGAAUUGGUUGGUUUGCUUUCUGAAUUAAAUGAAACUCUUGUCGAAGUUCAAAAACUGAAACCAGCCCUUCUCAAGUUUGGGCAAAGGACUGACAGACGUAGAGUAGGAAUGCAAUUUGAGGAGGUAAAAUAUGUUUUAUUAUUGGUCUAUUGCCAGACAAUAAGUUAUUAUCUCCUUCUCAAGUCAGAGGGGCACCCUAUUCGUGAUCAUCCAGUAGUAUCACGAUUGGUUGAGAUCAAGGAUCUGUUGGAGAAGGUUAAGUUGGUGGAUGUCAACCUUCCUUCAGAGUUAGAGAAGCUUGUAAAUGCUACAUCAAUCAGCUCAGACAAUGUGCUUAUAGGACAUGUACCAUUAGAAGACAAAACUGAAAAACAUAGCUAUUCAGCAGAACCAAAUAAAGAUUCUGAGAAACAUAACUCAUCAGAGGAUGCUAAAAAAAUCAACCCUAAUCACCUAGAAAAGCAUGCUAAAAUUGGCAUUCAAAGUUUGGAAAUGCUGAAAGUAAGAGCAAAUCUAGAAGAAAAGCUGAAGCAGAAAGGUAUUUAUAAUAUAACAAAGUCAAAACCUGAAAAUGUUCAAAAUGGUGAUCAGAAGGCUGUUAACAAAUGGUGUGGAGUAUUGGAGGAUUUUGAUGAUGAUGUGCAGCAAAUAUCGGUUAAUUCCAAAAGCAUUUCUACUUCAUCAAAGUUGCGGAAACCUUCUCAGUUAUUUGGAAAUAAAUCAAGCAAGACAAAGAUUGUCUCUGGUGGUGAUGAUGACUUGCCAAAAAGAGAUGAUAUUGGUGAAAGGCGUAGGCAACGUGAACUGCGAGUUCUUGCAAAGGCAGGAGCUAUAGAUGACAGUGAUCUGGCCCCGGAUGAAUAUGGAGUUACUGGUGGGUCCAUGGAUGACACUAAUGUCCAAGAAGCAGAUGAAUCAAAUGAGUCAGAGGAUGAAUUUUAUAAAGAGGUAAAAAGGCAAAGGGUUGAAAAGCUCAUGGUUAAAGCGGAAAAAUAUGCACGGAAACCAGAUGUUCCACCUGCGGGAGCUGAAGCCGAUGCUGAUGGUAAGAGACAUAUCACAUAUCAGAUGGAGAAGAAUAGAGGGCUAACUCGUUCUCGGAAUAAGCUCAACAAAAAUCCACGGAAGAAAUACAGGCAUAAACACGAAAAGCAACUUAAAAGGAGAAAAGGGCAGGUGCGUGAAAUUAGGAAGCCGAGUGGUCCAUACGGUGGAGAAUCGACUGGAAUCAACAUGAACGUUAGCCGGAGUAUUAGGUUCAAAAGUUGAGGAUGAUGAGUUUUGGGUGUUUGUGCUAUCUAUCAAGUUGUUCAUUUUCAACUGGACUUGUUUCCUGUUGAGGGAGGGCAAGAGAGGCAUCUGAAAGAAGACUUAAUACUGCACGAUAAAUAUUUUUGUGAAAAAUGAUAUGUAUUUUUCAAAGCAUUUCCGAGGAAUGUUAGUUGAGGAAAAACAGAGGUUUAGUGCCGCUGAUAUGCUUGAUUUCAUUCUGAACAUACUAAUUUUUAUAGGUAUUUUUUCAAUUUUAUUGAUUAAACAAAGUGGACUACUAGUAUUUUAAUGCAAUCCUAUGAGGGACUUGCAGUCAGGUAUAUGAAGUUUCUGUCAAUCUGGGUAUUUGAACUUUCCAUCAAUGUUGGUCCUAAAAAAAGGGUUUAUUGUAUACUGUCGUGAUUUGUUUUAUAAGAGGUUAUUUUUUAAGUCA